AGUAAACAAACUUUGUUGGUAAUCAAUUGGCAGUUUCAGAUACAAUGCAAUAUUUUUGCAUUUUAUGUUUAUUCCAGUUCGAAGUCAAAUGAAACAUGUUUAUGUAUAAACUUCUAUGGUAGAAUUGUGAAAUGAGAGUUAUGACAAAUCAUAUUCAGUUUUUUUAGUUGCCUAGUUGUAACCAACCGACAAUCGACCGCCUGAUUUGAUCCCAACGCAAAGUCAUGGAACCAGAGCGAACCAUGUGUCGAUUAUGCCUCAAAACAUCAAAGCCUGCAUCGAUGAUUCUGUUGAAUGAUAACGAGAACUUCGUCAGCGCAAUUCGUCAAAUCGCAAAUGUGGAGGUGAUUGUACGACCGGAUCACGCUGUUCACAUGUGUCACAGCUGCCAUUCGUUACUUGAGCAAUGUGUGGAGUUCCGCCAGAGCUGCAUUGAUAAUGACAGUAUUUUCCGGAAGAUGUAUUCUGAAGCCAACACAGAGCACGUCAAACCGGAAGAAUCCCUGCCAACAGACGCGGUUGUAAAACUCGAAGGAAAGGAUAAAAAUAUUUCGUCUGACUACAAUAACGUUUCCACAGAGUCAGAAGACAUAAAUCACACCGGGAGUGAUAACAAUAAUGAGGAAUCUGGUAAAGAGCGACUGGCGGAACAAAAACGACGAAAGAGAAAAUGCAAAACGGAUAAUGCUUCGGAUACACAGAAAACGCGAUACAAAUCUCGGAAGGAUGCGCGUAAAGUCCAAUGUCAAUAUUGCGGCGUUAUGAUUGUUCACUAUAAUCUCGCUAAGCAUCAGGAGAUUCACAACCCGGAUCGACCCAAGUUUUGCUGUCCCCAGUGUCCAAAAUUCUACACCGAUACAAGAAAGCUGAAGCUACACAUAAACGCAACGCAUACGCGCGAUAAAUUAUACGCUUGUGACCGUUGUGGCAAGGUUUACGGACGGCCCGCUUCACUGAGAGAACAUUACAUCGCUUCACACACCGAUAUCAAGCGAUAUGAGUGCAAAUUAUGUGGACAAAAGUUUGCCCGGGCGGCAAUGCGGACUCACCAUUACAAGAUUAUGCAUACAACCAAUCGACCAUGGGCUUGCGAAUAUUGCGACAAAACGUUCAAACUAAAGGGUGACUGGACGAUCCACACGAGGACACAUACAGGCGAAAAACCGUUCAAAUGCGAUAUUUGUUACAAAACCUUCAACAAGAGCUACAAUGUGGUGAUUCACAAGAAAUCACAUAGAAACGAUAAGAAAGACAGUCCCAAUAAAUCGCUGGAAAUAUCGUAG